AUGGAUACUUCAAAGGAGCUGCAACCCGACUCCCAGGCUUCUCCGCCGGACGAGACGACGGUGGUGGACAACAAACACUUGUCGGAGAUGGCACACGCGCUGCAACACUCCCACGGGCUACUCGGUACGUACGAGACACUCCCAUUCAGUACACACACAGCUGAUACUUAUCAGGACUCUCGGACACUACUCGCAGAUUGAUCCUUCCCUACAUCAGCGGCGAUCCGGGUCUUGCUGUCUUUGACGCUAUCAAGCGCCACCUGGAGAUGGCACGUGGGACGUGGUCUGACGAGAGUCGAUACUCUCCUUAUGUCUCAUACAACUAUGAGAAUCUGCGCGACGAUACACAGUACCUGAGCUCUUUUCCCGGCUAUGUGAAACAAGCGAUCGAACUCUUUCAACAAGAGGCAGAAUGGCGAUUGAAUACGUGCUACGGGGGUGGAAACACUCCGGAGGAUUUCAUUCCGAUUGCGGAAGAGUUCGAUCUGUUCAUGCUAGGAAUGCUGCAAGGGCAUAUCCGAUACAUCACAGAGGAAAAUAAGGAAUGGGAUCUAAGUGAGGUAGUCAAGUUCAUGACCGAGCAGCGCAAAUUCGAUCUUUCCUUAGCGCUUCACGAAGAGGAAGAGCCAGAGAGUGAUGACGAGGAUCCAUGCUUUACCGAAGAAUACAACCCAGUGUUCGGAAGGAGCUUAAGGUUCGUCUUUGCAUGGCACUCUCGCAAGAUUGGGACGCUUCUUGCCUACAAGACAGCUGGCCACAUACUGCCUCCGGAGCUUGUGGAGAUGAUCGCGGAAUACUUCUACGACCAGAAGGUGCUGGAGGGUUUCUAG